GGAACUUUUCAGUUUUAUUUUAUGGAUCACCCGGCUUCAAUCCCACUUGCUGUGCUCAGUCUCCUGUUGGUGUUCAGUCUACAAGUGAGAGCACAGACUUACAGUGAGUGCUGUUCAAAUGGAAUAAGAUUGGCUUCAGAGACAUUUGAAUGUGACGCUCUGCCCCAAUCGGAUUUGCCUUACUGCAGUUUGGCGCAGGAAACCUGCUGUCUGGUGAAGCUGGAGGAUAUACAGUGUUUCAAUGGCAAAAACAUGGCCAGUGUCAACCAGACGUGUGAUACACAAGCCCCGAACAUGUGCCAAACCACGAAGAGAUGCUGUCAAUGUUGCCUGCUGGGUAAACAUGCCCAAGACCAGCAGCUCGGCUGUGAGGCAGCCCAGUUCCUUGAAUACAAUUGUAGGCAGAUCUACAGAGAAUGCUGUGAUGGAGAGGAGACUACCUCUACCAAUCCAUUGCCAGACAAUAAUACACUGCGAGAUCCAGCUCUGGGCACGGGUAUGAAUUCAGACGAGGUAGAAGAAGUCUGGGAAGCAACACAAGAGGUGGAAGAUCCUUUCUUGAACGAUCGAUGCAGGGGCGGUGGUCCCUGCAAGCAGCAGUGCACUGACACAGGAACCACAGUUAUCUGCACUUGUGAUGUGGGGUAUAAACUGAAGGCUGAUGGGAUCACAUGUGAAGAUCUUAACGAAUGCCUGACCAGCAAACACCAGUGCCAGACUGGAGAGCGUUGCAUUAAUACUGUUGGGUCCUACCGAUGCCAGCGUGAGAUCAGCUGUGGCACAGGCUAUGAACUGACCGAAAACAACCAAUGCAGGGAUAUUGAUGAAUGUGAGACUGGAACCCACAACUGUGGGUUUAACUUCCUCUGUCAGAACACACAAGGAUCAUUCCGCUGCCGGCCAAAGAUGCAGUGUGGAACUGGAUUUCUGCAAGAUGCUCAAGGGAGCUGCAUUGAUAUCGAUGAGUGUGUCAGCUCCGCCAGGGCCUGCCGCGCUGGAUACAACUGCUUCAAUACCAUUGGCUCAUUCGUCUGUCAGCGUAACAACGUGAACUGUGGCCGAGGUUACAGGUUCUCUGAUGAUGCUUCUCGGUGUGUGGAUAUUGAUGAAUGUGUAGCAAGGAGCAACCCCUGUGGAGAAGGUCACUUCUGUGUGAAUUCUCCUGGCAGUUAUCGCUGCGAGUGCAGGAUUGGCUACUUCUUUGACAGCAUUUCUAGAUCGUGUAUUGAUGAAAACGAGUGCAGACACUACCCGGGACGCCUCUGCGCCCAUAACUGUGAGAACACGCAAGGCUCCUACCACUGCAGCUGCAGCAAAGGUUUCAAGCUCUCGAUCGACAAAAGGAACUGUGAAGAUGUGAACGAGUGUGAGGGCAAUCCCUGCAGUCAAGAAUGUGCAAAUAUGUAUGGCUCGUACCAGUGCUACUGCCGCUCUGGUUACAGGCUCAGUGACACAGAUGGGAUAACCUGCGAAGAUAUCGAUGAGUGCGCAUUGCCUGCAGGAGGCAAUAUCUGCUCCUACCGUUGUAUCAACGUUCCUGGCAGCUUCAAGUGCUCCUGCCCAUCAACUGGCUACAAUCUCGCUCAAAACGGACGUAGCUGUCAAGAUAUCGAUGAAUGCAUCACAGGAAGGCACGACUGCUCUGACCGGGAAAGCUGUUUCAACGUUCAAGGCAGCUUCCGCUGCAUGGCCUUCAAGUGCCCAGAAAACUAUCGGAAGUCUUCAGAAACAGCAACUGCUGAUGGGACAGAGACUUUUCGAUGCAUAAAGUUUUGUCGUCCAAAUGAUGCCGUCUGCAUUCUGGAUCCAGUCAAUACAAUUUCCGACACUGUGAUCUCUCUUCCAACCUACAGAGAUUUUACAGAAGCAAUAGAGAUCAUCUUCCUCCGGGCGUCAUCUUCAAACUUCCCCAAAGCCCAGGCAGAGAUUAUGUUCCGCAUUACUGACGGAAAUUUCCACAACUCCUUUGAUAUUCUGAAACGAAAAGAAGGCUCCCUAACAGUGGGUAUUGUUCGAAUGGUGAAGCCAAUUAUCGGACCAUACUCGGGGAUCUUAAAGCUGGAAAUGGACUACUACUUGUCAGGGCAGCUCUCUCACCGCAAUGUCGUGAAUGUGCACAUCUACAUCUCAGAAAACUGGUUCUAAAGACUUCUCACCCGCAAAAGGUAACCUGCAUCACCACAAGGGAAACCACUGCUGCCCACUACUAAUCACUGCAUAUUACACAAAACAUCAGUCACUUUUCUCCCCAGACGCAAGGAUGCUUCAGGCAGUCUUGUAUUCUUACUUAACUUGAGCUCUGCUUUUCCUCUGCUGUUUAGUAUUUUUGAAUAAAACUUUGUUGAAAUGUAUUCAUUAGAAUUAUCUUGAGAGGAUCUUUUAAAAGAAACUUGAGUAGAUUGGUGAAUAUGCAGGAGUUGGGAGUAACCGAGAGACCAUGAGCAUCUUUGUCCCAAAGACACCAUCCGCAGGUAACACAAUGGUGUGUUUGUGACUCAGGCAUUUAGUGUGAGUUAAUCUGAGUUUGUCAAAGUCUGUGGUCCUUGAAUAAAUUGUGCCUCAGUACAACAGUUUGCAUCAUUUCACCGGAGGAACCAAUUCAGUAAAUAAAAUCUGAAACAAGUGAUAGUAUGUGUUGUACAGCAACAUUCACAAUCUGCCUUGGCUUAUAGAUAUGAAAAAAUAAACCAAAAGUUUCCUGCUGUGCUCCCAAAUGUAACUGCAUUAAGAACAGCAGCGAUUGUCCUGCUGUCAUUGAAUUGAUAUAUUAUAGAUAUCUUCACAUUCGUGUUAAAGCUUGAUGAUGAACAAAAGAUGUGGAAUUGUUUGCUUAGCUUCCCAAUGCCUUUUUCCAAUUAUCCUGUCUGAGACUGUAGGGCUCCUAUUCCCAGUGUUUGACUUGCCUGCUCAGUUAGAUAAGCCUGCACACAAAAUCUCACUGGGGAAAUAAUCUCUGUAAUAUUUGCCUGUGCUGCCCUCACAAUAUGUUAUGCGUCAAUCACAUACAUUUUCAUUUAUUAAUCCUGUUUCAUAUAAUGCUGCAGAGUACUCCGCUCCAGUCAUGGGGGAAACUUUUUUUUAAAAGUAUUUUAGUAUGUUUAAUGUUUAUGUACAGACCAUUGUAUAAUGGAGAAUAACCACUGCUGGAAUGGGUGGGAGUCCCCGAGGUAACUAUGUUUGAUGAUUCUCAGACUCAGCCCCAGUGGACAGUCAACGUUUAGGUUUGCCUCAGUUGAACAUUGAAAAUUUUAGAGCGAAUGCAAUUUCUGCAGUAAGAUUGCAUUAAUCAUGAUGGCUGAGAUCUUGUUUUAAUUGACUGUGUACAUUGAUGUUGGGUAACUGGUGGUACAGACACACUCAUUCAGUACACAUGAGGGGUCUGUUGUUUAUGUAUAAAAAAAUCAAUAAACUUUUAAUCGAA